AAAUUACCAGGAUUUGUUGCAAGUAUUGCAGGCAGCUUGGCCGUAAAACAAACGGACUUUUGCAACCGUCAACAUGAAUAUGAUGUGUGAGCGAGUGUCGGCAGUUUUCGCUGGUAUGGUUGUUGGUCUUUGGUAUGCAAAGACAUUUCCUGCAGACGAUGCAAACAAGGAUAAGGAUAAAGGCGGCAAAGAUAAGAAUAACAAAGACAAGAAGAAGUAACUUUGAGAUACAAGCUGAUGCUAAAUACCUAUGCGAAGUUGGCCGAGCGUUAAGUUUCCAGUAACAUUGUCGUCUAAAAUCAUUCGAGCUCCAAUAUUCCAACCAAAAUUACCUAGUGAAAAACAAAAA